AUGGUUUGUGCUGAUGCUACAUACAAGCUGGUGGAUAUGAGAAUCCCAUUGUAUGUGCUAUUAAUUGAGGAUGGUAAUGGCCAGAGUGAGAUAGCUGCUCUUGGAUUGCUAGUAAAUGAACAGAGAGAAACGUUACAAUGGUUCUUUAAUAAGUUCAAAGAAUGUAAUCCAGCCUGUUCAAAUACAAGAGUAUUUAUUACAGAUAAAGAUUUAAAAGAGCGUUCUGUUAUCAAAUCAUUGUUUCCAACCUCUCGUCUUGUGAUUUGCCUUUUCCACACUCUGCGCACAUUUAACAGAGAAAUCACCUGCGAAAAAUUAGGUAUAACGCCAGAUGAACGAGAUAGUAGCAAAAAGUUUAUUGAACAGUUAUGCUACUGUAAAAAUGAAAAAGAAUACCAAGAGAUACAUACCAUUUUUUUAAGUCAAGCUCCCCAUCAAGUCAAAAUGUACUUUGAGAAGAAUUGGCAUGAUAUCCGCGAAGAAUGGGUCACUGGUUUAACUUUUCAAAGUGGUAACUUUUUAAAUACCACAAAUAAUAGGCUUGAGAGUUUUAACUCAAAAUUAAACUACCCAAUUCAAAAUAAAUUAACCAAUUCCUUAUAA